AUGGUGGACUACGGCAAGGAGUUUAUGCUGUACCUGAUGGACGAGAAGUGCUAUGAUAAUUACUUCGUAGAGUUUGAUCUGCUCGAUGGCGACUGUUUCCGUGCGUUGCUCAGCAAGGGUCUGGGUUUGGGUAUUAUCGCCGGCUCGGUGUUGGUAAAGGUGCCUCAGAUUACGAAGAUUCUUGGCAACAGAUCUGCUCGCGGCAUCAGUCUGUUCAGCGUCUGUCUCGAUCUGUUUGCCAUCACGAUCCACAUGGCGUACAGCUUCGUGAAUGGGUUCCCGUUCAGUGCCUGGGGUGAUACAGCUUUCUUGGCUCUGCAAACGGCCAUCAUCGCCAUGAUGGUACUGUUCUUCGGCGGUUCAACCGUAACGUCGGCGGCGUUUACGUUCGCCUACACGGGGCUUGUGUACGUGCUGAUGGGAGGCUUAACGCCCUUAAAGUACCUGCUAAUUGCACAAGGCUUCAACGUACCGAUACUGCUGCUGGGAAAGUUGUCACAAGCAUUUACCAACUAUCGCAACGGUAGCACCGGUCAACUGUCGGCGGUAACGUGCUUUAUGCUGCUGGCCGGCUCGUUGGCACGGAUCUUCACCUCGAUCCAGGAGACUGGUGAUCAAAUGAUGAUCAUAACGUACAGUUCAUCAUCCUUCGCCAAUCUGGUGAUCGCUCUGCAGGUUCUGUACUACUGGAACGCGGACAAGCAGAAGAAGUCCGCGUCCGCGGGUGCGGCAGCGGUAAAGAAACCAAAGGCCAAGAGCAAGAAGACCGACUAG